UGGGAAUGUUUUGAUACGCGGAGAUCUGUGCAGUAUCUGUACGCUGCCAACGAGAUCCUGUCCAGCGCCGCCGAGUAACGCGAUCCGACGACAACGCCGCCUGUGUAAGCUAGGGGUGGAGAAGAUUGUAAACCCCCGUUUCCCACCGGACGGCGGGCGGGGGGGGAAUAAGGAAACAGAUAGAAGUGACAAGAGGACGAUCGUUGAAUUAUUUUGUCCAGAUCUGUUUUUCCACACCUUUUGACACGUUUUAAAGUCAAAUGUCCUAUUUUACAUAACCUUUCACCCAGUCGUUAGAAGCGAACGGCAGAGUGGAAGGAUGCCCGGCUGCGAGGCUAGAUAAAGUUUCCGACUGGAUAGGAGCCCGGCUGCGAGGCUAGACGUUCCCCGCGUCUAAGAGAAGGCGGAGUAUUGACAGGCCACGUGAUAAAUCGCCGUUCGUUUGUGUGACGGAGACCUAAGCCCGGCUCGGCUCCAUUACGCCGAACGGUGUGCCGACCGACGCUAGCAGGCAGACCGACAGCGUUCAAUUCUAGAAUCGCUCUUCCCUCACUAACUCCAAUACAAAAUGCCAAAGCGUCCCGUCUUACUCUGUGAUGACAUUUUACUCGAUUUCCCGAGUCGAUUUUUUUUUCUUUUUAUUCUCUUCUCCUCCCCCGUUUCUCUCCGUCCCGCCGCGCGGCGCCACCGACAACCGUGCGUUAUUUUUAAAAGUCGGGACGGCUUCUUCUUCUUCCUCCUCCCCUCGCUUCGCCAGUGGUGCGGUCGGGCGGUUGCCUAGCGACGGUUCGCGCUGCGUUGGGUCCGGUUAAUGCGAGUGCUGUUAUCUCGGUCGAGCCUGGUAGAACUUGCCAGUGUUGUAACUCUCGGCAAAUCCAGUCGUUUUUAUUGAAACAAGGGCCAACUGGUCGAAGUUGUCGGCUCUCGUAUCGAGGCGGCGACUUAAAAAAGGGGGAGGAAAAAUUUUCUUUCUUCCUCCCUCCUCCUCCUCCUCUUCUUCCUCCCUCCUCUUUCUCUCUUAGAAGUUUAUAACGAGGAGCGCGAGAAUGGGGAGGAAUUGUUAGCGUGUCGGAAUCGAUUUUUUAGUCAUCGGAUGCAAUAAAGGAGUGUGUAACUAGUUUGUAAAACAGGAAGUAUCGUUGAGCCGACCGCGCUGACGAACUUCUAGAGCCCCUAGCUGUUCGCCUUGGGUUGGCUGCAUCGUUGCACGCAGCAAUGUUAUUCAUGGAGGCUCUAUCGACUGGUGUUGGACCAGGCACUGGCUCUUUCUGACCUGGGGAAAGGUGGGGGUGGCGUGCACACGGGAUCGAACGCUGCAAGGUCUCUGUGGCGUCGGUUCUGCUGUUGGCAGCUCGUCGCCUUUGAACUCCAGUAGAGGUGGCUAGUGGUGUGGAUGACGAUCCUGGUGGAGGGGGCGGUGGCACCAGUACUCCUGGUUUGACUAGGACCCCUGGCACUCCUCCCACGUCGCAGGGUCAACCUCUGAGACCACCAUCAGUUUCGUCUACUGGUUCACGUUCCAUGUCUCCAGCCAUAGGCCAACAAGCAAACAUUCCGAUGUCUCCCAGACCAUCAUCUAGCCAAUCAGAUAAUAAUGGACAAAGUCACAUGACUCCAACACAGAUGGCAGCACAAAAUUAUAAUCAACAAAUGGCAUCCACGCAGUUCUAUGGAAACAAAAUUCAUCAGGGGAUUAUGGGAAAUAGUGGUCCUAUAGGACAAUAUUCUCAACAAGGACAUUAUCCUCAAGGCAAUUAUCCUCGCCCUCAAAGCUCAAUGGGUUUACAGGGGUAUGGGACACAAGGACAGAACAGUUAUCCUUCUCCCAUGAACAAUCCUAACUAUCCUUCCCAGACAGGGAUAGUUCGUUUGCCUCCUAGUGGUACACAGAAUUACCCAGCUUCUACUACAGCUGGCUUUAUGAAUUCCCAAUAUGCCGGUCCUACCGGAUAUGGAAUGAUGCCUCCACCUAGCCAGUACUCCAAAUCCACCAUGUUACCACCUGGUAAUGCACAGGCAGCAGCUCAAGCCGCCAUAGUGGCGGCAGCAAAUUCUGCUAGUAUGCGUUCUUCACCGAUGUAUCUACGGCAGCAUUUACAACAAAAAAUGUACAGUGGAAGUUAUAACAGUAUGCAACAGCAACCUGGGAUACCAAAUUCCAUGCCUGGACCCCCAACAACACCAACUCCGGCACCUUGUGGCACCCCUAAUGCCAGUCAGGAUGAUUCUCCUAUGCUUCCUCCUGCAGUCAGUACUCCCUCUUCUUCCCAACAUUCUAGUAUGUCACCUCCUUCUGUGUCUACACCAAUUACAGAAACUUCCAACGCUGUAACUUCGUUGUCAUCUAGUGGUUUUACUCAGACAUCUGCCCCAUCAAUAGGAACAUCAUCUACAACAAUGACUCAAAGUAUUGAAAGUCCUGUGUCUUCUGCUGCAGUAACAGUUUCCAGUCCAGUUGGUGAGUCGUACACAUCUCAGCAAGCACUGUCGUCUCAAAAACGUAUGAUGUCUUCGGGUUUUCAACCUCCUCCUGUGUUAGAUGAAGGAAGUCAAGCUUCUAAUACGUCGGCUUCGUCAUCCCUUCCAGAAGAACAUGCUACCACUCCUAAACCCAAUAGUAAAUCAACAUUGUCUCAUCCUCCAACACCAAAUACACUUCCAUCGCCAGGAGCAGCUUCAAUGUCAUCUUUUCAUGAUGAAUUCGAUAGUGUUUCCAGUCCUAGCUGGCCAAGAACUCCGGCUAGUCCAGUAGUGAACAACCAAGUCUAUGAGCAUCACAUCAUUAAGCGACCUGAUGGAUUACUGAAGUUAUAUGAUAUGUCGGAAGAGCCCGAUCGUCGGAAUUUUUUGGAUAAACUUAUUAUGUAUAACGAAGAGAGAGGAACUCCCAUAACUCAGUGCCCUACAAUAAGCAAACAACCGUUGGAUCUAUAUCGCCUAUAUAUUUCUGUGAAAGAAAGAGGAGGGUUUGUGGAGGUCACAAAAUCUAAACAAUGGAAAGACGUAGCUGCAGCGGUUGGAGUGGGAGCAUCAUCCAGUGCAGCUUACACUCUUCGAAAACAAUAUAUUAAGCAUUUAUUGCCAUAUGAAUGUAAAUUUGAUCGUGGUGGAAUUGAUCCUCAGCCUAUAAUUAACCAAGUGGAAGCUGCAACAAGGAAAAAGGGAAAGAAUUCUUCAGGUUCUGGCCAUCAAGAAGCUUAUCCCCAGCCUUCACCAAAUCAAAUGAUGGAUGGCUAUCCACCUUCUAAUUAUUCUGGACCAUAUCCUCCACCUUCUGCUUCACAUACUGGUGCUGGUAUGAUAACUUCUGGAGACUAUCCAUCUAGUCAGCAUCCUUCUUAUGGACAGUCACCACAUCAUCAUAACCAAAUGCCCAAUCAUAUGGUUAGUGGUUCGGAAACAAUGAACAUGCAAGAUCCUUUUUCGGAAGAAAUACAGAGCAAUCAAUACCAAAGGUCUACACCUGCUAAUAAUUAUUCUUAUUCUCAGACUUCAAUAAAUUCUAUGGUACCUCCUUUUUCUGGAACUCAAGCAAGCAUGAGUGGCGGGUCUUAUGGCUAUACCAAUGCUGCAAUUCCUCCACAACAAGAACAGUACGGAGAACAGUAUUCACAACAUCCAAAUUUAAUGGCUUCGGCCGAUUCUUCUACCUACACUCAUCCUAGAGGAUUGGUUCAGGAACCUUGUAACCAACCGUCUGGCGGAUAUCCUCCCAACAGACCACUCAGACAACAUACUGCCGCUCAAUAUCCUUAUCAGGGUCAUUGCGAUCGCGAGAGAUAUGAUCAACAACAGCCAGCACCUGUGAUGCAACCUACCUCUCAAAUAAAUAACCCAUUGAUGGUUAGUAAUGCAAUGCAGGGUGAUCCAUCACUUUAUCAAUCUCAGCGAUUUACUGCACAACAGAUGAGCAUGCCGCCUCGCGAUACGAUGACUCCGCAACCGCCCACCGGCUUUCAACCGAGAGCUUCGAUGACACCUAAUCAGUAUCCCGCAGGGAUAGCAGGGCAGGUACCCGGUCAAACACAUUAUUCUCAAGCUCAACCUGACGGAUUCAGAGGGGCUGAGGUUCCUGCACAAUAUCAAAAUCAGAUGUCCUGUCUACAGACAUUCCAGCGACUUCUUUCCAAGAAUCCCCAAGGUUAUUCGUCUGCUCAGCAGAAUAUGUACGGACACGGUGGACCCCAGGCGCCCGCAAAAGUCGUGACUCCACCGACCGCCAACCGAGACAUAUAUCAGAGAGAGGUGUAUCCUCCAACUCCAAAGCGUCAUAUGGAUUUCAUGAAGCCUAGUCUUCCCGAUCAGUAUUCGUCCGGAUCGUACAGUCAGCAGGCGGCAUCGCCCUCUCCUUACGGAGAUCGUAGUCAGUAUGGUUAUCGCAGUUCCCACAUGAUGCCGAUGUCUACCUCUCCUGCAAUUCAGCAAGGUUGGUCAAGAGAGACCCAGUACCGUCAGUACCAGUCUGUCUAUCCUCAUCCCCAGAGAGACGGAUGGGAUAACACCAGACCCGAAGGUCCCAACACGUGGUCACACUACGCACCGCCUCAAUCCGAAUCUUAUCAUCCACAUAUGGGAAGUUAUUCUCCUUCGUUACCCGGUAAACCCAUGUAUGGUAGAGACAGAAUGUAUAUUCCUCCUAACAAAGUUGCCCCAUCACCGGGAAUAUCUCAACAGCCUCAGUUCUUGCAGACACCGGGACGCAAGGAGAUCAUCUUUCCACAGGAGAGCGUGGAGGCGACGAUUCCUCUGAUGACCAAGCGAAGAAGGAUCUCAUCCAAGGAUGUCACUCCCCUGGAGGCCUGGAGGAUCAUGAUGGCGCUGAAGUCGGGCCUCCUGGCCGAGAGCACGUGGGCCCUAGACGUUCUCUCCGUCUUGCUGUACGAUGACAACACUGUUUUGUAUUUCGGCCUGAGCCACCUGCCGGGUCUUCUGGAAGUGCUUCUAGAACACUACCGACGAUGCCUGAAACUGAUAUUCGGACUGACAGGUGAUCUGGAAGUGGGCUACGAGACCAGGUAUCACAUGGAUCCAGAUCCGGAGGACGAGCAGGAGCGGUUGUGCGACAGAAAGUGGUACGAAACGAGUCACGGUCCCUAUGACAAGUUUAAGGUCAGUGGACCGAUUCCCAUAUCGCAGAUAGACAAUAGCGACAAGACCGUCAUCCUCGACAAGGAGAACUUCACUCAAAGGACAAGAUGUGGUAAAACGGUUAAGACGAAGAAUGACGAGAGCCUCUUUCUCCUCGACCCCGAAAGGGCCUGGGACUGCUACGAGGGUUUCGAGAGCGGAAUGGGACACUGGCAUCUGGGAGGAGGCGACAUGACCUGCCACAUUCAGACGUAUUUUGAGAACACACACAGUUAUGUAAAGUUUGUUCGCGUUUUGGAAGACGUGGUGAAAUCCGAGAGAAGCGAAUCCAGAUGUUCGGAUGAUUCGGACCUCCCCGAAGAAUCAAACAAAUCGGUGGCGUCGUCCUCCAGCAGUGACAGAGAGAUCCCCGUUUUAGAGAACAUGCAGUGCGUGGUGGAGAAUAAGGACGAGUCAGAACACUCGGAGGAGCGCAAGGAGGACGACAUCAAGCAAGAGCCGAAGGAGGAGGAAUCGUCAAAGGAAAAUCAAAACGAGGAGGAGGAAGACGACGAGGAUGACAAGAAGCCGGUUUUGGAACCCAUGAAGGACGACGAAUAUCCGAAAAUCCGCGAGACGUCAUACCCUAGAAAGCGCCUCCACCUGGAGGACAUGGAGGACGAGGCGUACAACCGAGACGAGCCGUCUUUGUGUGUCAUCACCGAUUCUCAGAUAUCUCUGACGCGACGUUGUUUGUGUCUGUCUACGCUGUUCCGAAAUUUGUCGUUCGUUCCCGGCAACGAUGCCGAAAUGUCUAAGCACGCGGGAUUUUUACUGUUGAUGGGUCGUCUGUUGUUGUUGCAUCAUCACCAUUCGUUGAAGAAAGUCUCUCAGCAGCAUUACGACCAGGAAGAAGAAUUGGAGAAUCCCUCCGCCUCAGACUCUUGUAGUAGCUUAAGUAGUAAGCGAGAGUGGUGGUGGGACAUGCUUCACAUGUUGAGAGAGAACACCCUAGUUACGUUGGCCAACAUUACCGGCCAGCUAGAUUUGGCCCCCUAUCCGGAAGAGAUCAGUCUUCCUCUUCUGGACGGACUACUGCAUUGGGCCGUGUGUCCGUCGACGUACGCUCAGGAUCCACUUCCUUCGCAGCCACCUCACUCCGUCCUUUCGCCUCAACGUCUGUCUCUGGAAGCACUCUGCAAACUGUCGAUCCUCGACGGUAACGUGGAUCUGUUACUAGCAACACCGCCGUGGUCACGCAUCGAAAGACUCUUCUCCCUGCUGUCUCGAUUCCUCAACUACAACGAGGAUCAGGUGUUGCGCGAGUUCUCCGUCGUCCUCUUGUCUAACCUGGCUCAGGCGGACGGCACGGUCACGCGAUCCAUAGUCACGCAGGGAUCUUGCAUCUCGCAGCUGAUCCUGUUCGUCGAGCAGGCCGAGCAGAACGCAUUGCAGGUGGCCAACACUCAAGGCAUCAACGCGCUCCGAAAGAACCCCGAAUUGAUGGGUACCACGCUGGACAUGGUGCGCAGAGCGGCCGGUACCCUGCGCUGCCUGGCACGGAUACCGGAAAACAAACCGCUCUUUCUACAACACCACCAGCGACUGCUGGCCUUAGUCAUGUCCCAAAUUUUAGAUCAGGGUGUAGCUUCGAUCGUAGCCGACGUUCUCUACGAGUGCUCUCAAGACAUUUCGGAUUUCGGUAGUAGUGCCACUCAUUCGUUCACUAAAUCAUAGUAAUCGUUGUUGCACCGUGUGCAGAAAAUAAAAUAAAAGAAAAUAAAAAAUUUUAAAGUAUUUGGGCGUUGCCUUGUCGCCUGCCCAAAUUCGGGCAGACAGAAGAAAAAGAAAGAAACAAACAAACAAAGAAAACCACCACCACCGAUACGUGCCGGGCCCAAAAUCUGCAGCUAAUUUCGAAGGUGCGAGUAGUCGCAUUACGAAUUUUCGAACACACGAAAGGAACUGUGGAAUGUGAUGAGACAAAAGAAAAGAAGAGAAGAAAGGUUCCCAAGAGGCGAACACACAUCCAAAACUUCUGUUACUAUUUAUUUAUCAUAUUGUCGGGGCCUCGAAUGUGUGUGCGUGUGCGUGAGUGCGUGAAGGAUGUAAGAAAACACUAUAAACGGACGGCGUGCCACGUCGGACGGGUGCGUAGAUAAGAACGUGACGUAAGAAAAAGAAAAAAAUAAAUAAAAAUAAUAUCUACCUUCACCAAAAAAAAAACAAUCGUCGGGCACGAGAAUAUAUUAAAAACAAAGAAGUUCAUAAUAAACAGCACAUGUGAUCUCCAGAAAAAAAAACAAUGCUUUCAAGCAGAAGAAAACUCCACCCAUCAAAUCGUAAGAAAGAUCUCUUGUAGAUAAUUAAAAAAGAAAAUGCCAGCAUAGUGUUAACCCUAUUGACAGGGUGUUUAUUAUUAUUAUUAUUACCUAAUAGGAAUUUCGGGAGUUGUUUCCCUCGAGGCCAUGGUAUAUUUUUGUUUAAUUUGUACAAGUUUCCGGAUGUACAGCACCUGGCUGAAGUUCUGUAACGUCCGCCGUAAACAGGGAGGGGAGGUCCUCUCUCCUUCCGCCCACCCACAUCCAUUUAAUUUAAAAAUGGUUGUUUGUACCCAUGUAUCGUGACCGUGUUAUGCCGAAAUGUAUUUGUUUCUCAGCAUGACCCGAUGCGUCAUUCUGGAAACGACCCAUUAACAAAAAAAAAAAAAAAUACAAAGAAAGAAAAGAAGAAAACAAGAAAUGGACGACCGACAAAAUUCUAUUAAAAGCCAAUUUUUUUUUCUGUUGGAUCUGCAAAAAGUGUAGAGGUGAGGUCGAAAUCUGGCAUUUCCUCCAAGUCAUUCUUUCGUACCAACGCGUGCAGAAGCUUUAUACUAUGUAUAUGUCUGACGAUCCUGAAAUAAAUGUACAGAAAAUUUG